CUGACGCGCAAAACUCUGACCGUCCGAUUUCUCUGGUGCCAAACCCUGACACCCUAACUCUGAGGCGCCAAAAGCCCUGACAUUGCCAUGCAGGGCGCAUCUGGUGCACGUCUCCAAAGCGCUGACAUUACCCGGCCCAAACGCGCCUGGCGGCCACGUUUAAACUCGUUAACGGCUGCGCGGCCGGCGUCCUUGCUAUCAGCCACUGACACUGAGUGCAGGGGCCGCCCUUAAGGCCGCUGGCGUUCAGCUCGAGGAGGCGGCAAGCGCUGCCAUUGGCCCGCGUGACUCCGCCCCGGACUCGCUGGAGCGCUGACUUGCCAAACUCUGACUCUCAAAACCCUGGCUUUCCGAACUCUGAGGCGCCAAACCCUGACACUCGAACCCUGAGGCGCCUAACUUUGACAUUGACUGUCAGCCAGGCCACUUGCAACUGCAAGCGUGUCCCCUCCCAAACUCUGACGUGCAAAACUCUGACCUUCCGAACUCUGAGGCGCCAAACCCUAACGUUCGAACUCUGA